CGUCGAAAUGGCCAAUCAAAGACCCUGCCCACAGUGAAGACAGCCAAGAAGCCGAAGAAGCCAAAGGAUUCUCAGAGAGAAAGCCGCAUCCAGACUGCUCUUUUCGCAAAAAAGUAUAAUAUUGCAAAUUCUACACUUGCUGCUCGCUGGAACAACCAGACCAAGUCUCGCGCAGAGGCAGACACCGAUUGCCAGUUCCUCAGUCCUGCAAAGGAACGCGUUCUGGCCACAUGGAUUGAGUACUUGGGAUGCAUUGGUGUUCCCCUGUCGAAGAGGGCUAUACGUUUGCGAGCUGCACAACUUCGGUCUGACCGAAAGAAGCCCUCCCGAAACUGGAUCCCCCUCUUCCUUGCAAGACAUCCUGAGAUCAAGCUAGCGACGGCGCACGGUCUUGAUCCAAAACGAGCGCAGGCUUUCAACAAGCCCGUGGUCGGCCGAUACUUUGAUAAGCUGGAGGAGCUGGUCCAACGAUACGAUAUCCCCGUCGAGAAUAUCUACAAUAUGGAUGAGAAGGGCUGUCAGCGAGGAGGUGGAAAGAAGACUGCAGGUGUCAAGUACUUCUUUGGACGGCAACAGCGCACACGAUAUCGCCAUCGGAGUGCAAACCUAGAGCUUGUUACAAUCCUCGAGGCUGUCUGUGCUGAUGGCUCGUCACUGCUCCCUGGUUUCGUGUUUCCCGGAGUCGAGCAAUCCCCAGAAUGGUUUGACGAAGACCUGGCUAUUCUCAUUUGCAUGUCAGCCACAGGUUGGACAGACAAUCACAUUUCUGUCCAAUGGUUCAAGAAGUGCUUCAUUCCACAAGCGAAAGCAUGGGCCAAAGAGAAGGGCACCAAUGAUCAGCCAAUUCUGCUUGUUCUCGAUGGACAUGGCUCACAUGAAGCUCUCGAGCUCAUUGAUCUGGCCCGCGAGAAUAAUAUCAUCCUGCUCCUCCUCCCUCCCCACACCACGCACAAGCUCCAGCCAUUGGAUGUUGGCGUCUUUGGUCCGUUCUCGCGUGCAUGGACUGAGAAAUGUGAUGAUGUUGUCGACGACACCACAAAGGAGAUGCCUAAGGAGGACUUUGUCAAGCACUACAUGGAUGUACGGCGACAAACCUUCAAGCCAGCGACCAUCCAGACAGCAUUUCGAAAAAGCGGCCUUUUUCCGAUCAACAGAGCCGCCUUCAAUGACGAGGAUUAUGCUACAAGUGUCCCCUUCUCCACCACCGCUCGAGACAUUCCAGUUGCUCCUCAGUUUGAGCCGUACACACCUUUCCAGCUGCCAGCAGAUCCAGAUGACAAGGAUCAUUGGAGCAGAGACUUCUUUGACGAAGACGACCCAGAGUAUGAUGCUUCUGAUGUGGAUGCGCGACCAUACAAUCCAGUACUUGACCAUCCUCAGGCUGGAGCCGAGCUUCCACCGCUUACUCCGACACUAUUCGCUUCUCCCCCUUCGUGCCAAAACUCCAAUCUUCCUUCGAUCAUGCCAUCGAAUUUCUAUUACAAUGCGGCGCUGUUCGAGCGUAUCAAGGAUCUCGAGACGCAAAUGCAUGCAAUGGAGGCCCAUAUGACCUUGUUAGACACACGCAGUAAUCAGCCCAGCAAGAAAAGGAAGCUCAACGUUGAUGCACGGUGCCUGACAUCGGAGGAGGGACGGGAGUUGGCAGCGCAGCAAGAGGAGGAGCGUUCGGCAAAGGCUCAGGAGAAGGCAGACAAUGCGGCCCAAGCCAAAAAGAAGGAGAUCGACGCCGUAGUGCGGAGGCAAACAAGAGACGCAAACGAGCCAUUUGUUGGUCUCCUGACAAGUCGCAGCAAAGAGCUGCUUGUCGAUGUUGCCUUCGAUCUCCAGCUGCCCCAGGAGAAGCUGAAGCUCAAAUGUGACAAUCAACCCAAAAACAAAGUCGAAAAGAGAAGUGAAUUCGAAGACUGGAGAAUACAACCAAGUAGCUACAGUAUUUAUACCCAAAUCCAGUCUGAGUCAUAUCUACAACUAAUGAGUCAUAGGGCUAUGUACCGCAUGGAACGCUGGUCAUGGGUCGUAGUAGAACCUUCUGGAGCAUAUGUCGCGCAGCCUCGAAUCGAUGAAGAUAAUCCCUGA